GCGGGGCCUCCGCGCUCCCGGGACGCAGGGACCCGGCGCGCUUCGCCCACAGGCCCGGCGAGGCCCGGGCGGAGCUUCUCGCCCAGGCCGCGGGAGAAGCCUGAGGGAGGACCCAGGCUCGCGCGGGCUCCGCGGAGGUGACAAGAGGAACCAGGAACCUCAGUCUGGGCAAACACAGCAAGGAAAUGUGACCCCAGGCCUCAGAAGGAAAAUCGUUGAAUGGCUGACAUUUGACAACAUGCACCACCAGUGGCUUCUGUUGGCCGCAUGCUUUUGGGUGAUUUUCAUGUUCAUGGUGGCUAGCAAGUUCAUCACGUUGACCUUUAAAGACCCAGAUGUGUACAGUGCCAAACAGGAGUUUCUGUUCCUGACAGCUAUGCCGGAAGUGGGGAAGUUGGCAGAAGAGAAGCCCUUUCCUGAGGAACUGAAGCCGACUGGGAAGGUGCUUCCUGACAGCCGGCUUGUUCAACCCCUGGUCUACAUGGAGCGCCUGGAACUCAUCAGAAAUGUCUGCAGAAACGAAGCCCUGAAGAAUCUCUCGCACACUGCUGUCUCCAAGUUUGUCCUGGACCGAAUAUUUGUCUGUGACAAGCACAAGAUUCUUUUCUGCCAGACUCCCAAAGUGGGCAACACCCAGUGGAAGAAAGUUCUGAUCGUUCUAAACGGAGCGUUUCCUUCCAUCGAAGAGAUCCCUGAAAAUGUGGUUCAUGACCAUGAGAAGAAUGGCCUCCCUCGCCUCUCCUCCUUCAGCAAUGCAGAAAUUCAGAAGCGCUUGAAAACAUACUUCAAGUUUUUUAUCGUAAGAGAUCCCUUUGAAAGACUUAUUUCUGCAUUUAAAGAUAAGUUUGUUCACAAUCCCCGGUUUGAACCUUGGUAUAGACAUGAGAUUGCCCCUGGCAUCAUCAGAAAAUACAGGAGGAACCGGACAGAGACCAGGGGGAUCCAGUUUGAAGAUUUUGUGCGCUACCUGGGUGAUCCAAACCACAGAUGGCUAGACCUUCAGUUUGGGGACCACAUCAUUCACUGGGUGACAUAUGUAGAACUCUGUGCACCCUGCGAGAUAAAAUACAGUGUGAUUGGACACCACGAGACCCUGGAGGACGAUGCCCCAUACAUCUUAAAGGAAGCCGGCAUAGACCACCUGGUAUCCUACCCAACCAUCCCUCCGGGCAUUACCGUGUAUAAUAGAACCAAGGUGGAGCACUAUUUUCUGGGCAUCAGCAAACGAGACAUCCGACGGCUCUAUGCGCGUUUUGAAGGAGACUUUAAGCUCUUUGGGUAUCAGAAACCAGAUUUUUUGCUAAACUAAUGUAUAGGACCAGCAAAUUCACAUACCUUUGUUAGACCAGGGGCUAACCAGGUGGAGGUCUGAGCACAGAAAUGACACUUCCUCCGUCACACUUUUCCUUUUAGAACCCCCGAGAGCUCCCAUGGGCCUGUGAGCACAGUGGUAAAUGAUACUGGCCCCUGACUAUUAUGACUUAGUCUGGAUAUAAGAUGCACUGAGGGCCCCGUACCACCCCCAUCACGAGUGUCGUUAGGAUGCCGGUGGCCUUUGUUGUCCUCAGAGCAGAGAAAAGACUAAACAUUUGCAUCUGACAGACCCACAGGGAGGAACACCACACGGCAUCAGGAGCCACCUCCCUCAGCCAUCAAAGGGGGCACAGCUGCGGCUCUCCUGGCUGGUCAGGGGUGUCCCGCCUAUCACCAGGGGAUUGCAGGAACGGCACCCAGCACUUUGAGGAGGGAUGGAGAAGCCAAGGGGCUGCACAAAUCAUAGGCGCUCACACAGCAUCACAUCUGAGGAACAGAGUGACACCUCUGGCCUUCAUCUUGGUGCAGCUGUGAUCACGAAGGCAGACCGUUCUUUCAUGAUGACUGUGUUCCUGUGACGUUCAUCGGUGCCCCGAGGUGGUUUCCAGCAGCCCAUGUUUCCAGAAUCCAUGCCUGCUAAGCUGGUCCGUGUUCCUGAGCCUCAUCUGCUGAGCGCUUCUCUCACCCACCACAAGAGAUACAGUUUUGGAAAGUGAGGGGAGUUCCACCUGAGGAACGUCUUUAGGGGCUGUAAAAGGAACGUGGCAUGGGCAAGGGAGAGCCGGCUGGGCCUGGGGGCUCAGGCUGCCGUGGAUUUGGGCACGUCUGUCCUGUCUUGUCCUGCCUGGCUGGGCAGCAGGGAGUCUCCGCCUGUCUCUACCAGGGACCUCCAAGCACUAGUAAGGGCAGCAUGCCAGUAUCUCAGAACUCAGUGCAGUUUAGACAUUUCAGUUCCUUUCAUCUCAGCAAAACGCAUACAACACAGCCCAUUUCUGAUAAUGCCACCGUUCUGGACAUCACGGCUAGAAGUUGGGCAGUCAAGUUCACCAGCAAUAAAAUCCUGGCUGAGGCAGCCUCCAGUAACGUGUCUUCCAGACACUGAGGCGGCCACCAGUGAGGAGCAAGCCACAGCGACUCAGAUGCCGUCCAGCAGCCAGGGCCGUGAAGAGAUGACAGGCCAGUUUCCAGCGCUCAGGUGUGCAUGGCGCCGCUGAGACCAGGGCAGGAGGAGUGAGCUGGGCUUUUCCUAAAGGCAGCCUCAACCUUGCUUUUCUCAAAAUGGUUUCUUGAUUAUGUAAAUGUGAAAGUAAAAUAAAAUUUAAAACAUGUGCCAAACCCGA